CUAUAGAGAUACAGAGAGAGAGAGAUGGUGGGUGACUGAAGUCUGAAGCUCGGAACUAACCUGAAAACAAAAAAGGUACAAAAAAAAAAAAAAAAAAAACUGAAGCUUUAAAAAGAAAGCAUAAGGAAUGGUACAGGUUCUUCAAACAUCACCAGUGCUCCUUCAAUGUUGUUCCUCGUCUCCUCCAAAUCCCAGAGUUUCUCUAAUGCUCCUUUGGUCGCUGCGGAAGCAUCGGGAAUCAAUGGGAAGCUUGGAUUGGAUUGGUCGUUAGAGUUUGAGGCUCGAUCUGCCAGUUCAUGUUGUAUUCUAAUGGUGGAGACAUUGUAACAUUUGAUUGAGGAAACUCAGAAAUAAGAGAAUCUAUAGAAAGAUAAGCGAAAUAAUUAAAUGAAUUAUAAAUUCUACACUCUUAUUGGUUGAGAAUGGUGCAUGUGCAAUGGGGGAAUGGGAGGAAAAAUAAUGCUCAAGUGCUCUUCUGAGCACACUAUAGCCAGUAAGCUUGUGACCAAACAUGUAUUAUCCGGGAUUGCUGCUUCGAUAAUCUUUCUCUCUCAGACACACCAGGUUGUUGCAGCGGAUCUAUCUCAUCAAUCCAACAUAUGCCAGCUUGCUAAUGUCCUGGAUGGCACACCAACUCUUCCACUUGAUGAGGGUUCUGAUGAAAGAGGCAGGAAACUAAUGAUGAUAAGAGGUAUGACAACCAAGGAUUUUGACCCCACUAGAUAUUUGGGAAGAUGGUUUGAAGUUGCUUCACUCAAACGUGGAUUUGCGGGACAAGGGCAAGAAGACUGUCACUGUACUCAGGGUGUAUAUACAUAUGAUAUGGAGACACCCUCUAUCCAAGUCGAUACAUUUUGUGUUCAUGGAGGACCCAAUGGAUAUAUUACCGGCAUUAGGGGAAAGGUUCAAUGCCUUUCAGAAGAAGAUUUGGAUAAAAAUGAGAGUCAACUAGAGAAGCAGGAGAUGAUAAAAGAGAAAUGUUAUCUUCGUUUUCCAACGAUACCAUUUAUCCCCAAGGAGCCUUAUGAUGUGAUUGCUACUGAUUACGACAAUUUUUCUCUUGUUUCGGGAGCAAAAGACAGAAGUUUUAUUCAGAUCUACUCAAGGAAACCCGACCCUGGACCUGAAUUCAUAGAGAAGUACAAAGCUUACUUGGCGAACUUUGGGUAUGAUCCGAGCAAGAUCAAGGACACUCCACAAGACUGUGAGGUAAUGUCAGACAGUCAGUUAGCCGCAAUGAUGUCCAUGUCUCGAAUGCAACAGGCACUAACCAACCAAUUCCCUGAUCUUGAAUUGAAGGCUGCCAUCGAACUAAAUCCAUUUACUAGUGUAUUUGAUACUCUGAAGAAGCUCUUUGAGCUGUAUUUUAAGUAGUUAUCGGGUCAAUAAAUUGUGGGCGUGCUUUUGUGCCUUACAUCAUAGAGCAACAGAGUUAACUAUGUGGGGUCGCGUGCAUAAUUUAAAUAAGGAAUUCAACGCCAUUGAUUAA